AUGGGUGACAUCGCCGAGCUGUCUAUGCCAUCCGCGCAGCAGCUGGAGCAGCUGAGCAUCGCGAACCUGCUGACGGAGCGCAUCCUCAUCAUCGGUCGCAGCCUGCUCGGUAGCAACCGCGCCCUCGACGUCGUCACGUACCGCCUCCCCAACAGCGAGCAGUCGGCCGACUACGUUGCCGAGCUGAUCGAGCACACCGGACCGAGCCAGGCGAGCACGAUCCUGCGCGCCCGCAACGACCUCCGCACCAAGGCCCUCUUCAUGCUGCUCGACCGCGCCGAGCGCGAGCUCAACAUCACCAUGAGCCAGGCUUGCUCCGUGGCUGGAGUGCAGGUCAUCAACACUCGCCGUCUGGGGGGCCACCGUUGCACGGGUUGCAACGGACCCUGCAGCGGUGGCCCGGCUGCUUAG